CCUGACUGCUGGGAUAAGACGGAUGAGCAACCACUACUUUGCUACAAAGAGCAAAUGGCAGAGCCAGAGCCCAUGGAGACUGUUAUCACGUCGACAUGCCCAGACAAUCAUAGUCGAUGCCCUCAAACGGAUGAGUGUCUGGAGAAGAAGUUUUUCUGCGACGGCAUCAGCGAUUGCCCGAAUGGAAGUGAUGAAUCCAAUGAAAGUUGCAUUGCUUCCAAGUGCCCCAGCGACACAUUUCGUUGCGCCUAUGGUGGCUGUCUGGCCAAGGCGAAGGCCUGUGAUCAUGAGACCGAUUGCUGGGACGGCACCGAUGAAGUGCCAUCCAUAUGCUUUGAAAUGCGUGGAAUGCCCAAAAGCGAAUUGUGGCAGAGUCACACUUCGAAAAGGAAUGCCACAAGCCGCACCACACCGACAGUGCUCGUUUAUCCACGGAUCAGAACUCCCUCCAAAGACAGUGAACCUACGUCAGCGAAUGGCUGCGUUAUUCCAAGAAGCAUCAAGCAUGUGCAAGUGAAAACUCUCUUCAAUGUGCUGCCCUACACGUCGGGCUCUGCGAUAGCCGAUUCGGUUGUGGUGCGAUUGAGCUGCGACGAAAAUAGACAGUUAAAUGGCAACGAUCUGAACCACUGUUUAAAUGGUACUUGGCAGGGACCCUGGCCCGAGUGCGUUCGCACCUGCAGUGAUAAGUCAUUCCACACAGAUCUCUCCAUUCGGGCCGUCUGCAGCUACAAGGGUAAGAUCAAGAGCUGCAAGAGCCAGGACACCAAGCUAUUCAUUGGCACCGAGGCCACUGUAACCUGUGCUCCCAGCUACAAACCGCGGAAUAAUGCUAUAACUUCAGAAAUCCGCUCAUGCCAGAGGAAUGGCACGUCUGAAAUCCCGUUCUGGAAAAAACAAAUGAAUAAAAAUCAUCAAUUAAAGUGCGUUCCAGAAUGCGGCAAAAUACUACCAACCGUUAAGAGUGAUCCAUGGCUGGUUAGCAUAUUUAAAAGUGACAUAACACUGUCGAACUAUACUUUCCAAUGCUUUGGCACAAUCAUCAGUCCAUGGAUGGUUAUCGUUGACAAAUACUGGAUCGAUGGGGAGGAUGUGAUGCACUAUGCCAUUGCCGAGGGAGAUCAGAAAACCAGCUUUAGGAAAAAUGAGGAACAUCCCUAUGCGCUGCACAACGUGGCCCUAAUUUCAAAAAGCCAAAUACAAACGCGUCUACUUUUGGUUAAUCCCUUCAUACUUUCGGCAUCACUGCGACCCAUUUGCCUUCCUCCACUACCUAAUGUGCCACAGAAACGUCAUCCGAAUUGGAUCAUUUCUAUUACCACUGCAGAUAAUCAAACUAUAUUUUAUAAGUGUAUUGCCGAAGAGUUUUUAAAUCAAAAAAAAAAAACAAAAGGAAACCGAAAAGGUGGACUUAACUAACAGCAAA